AUGAGCAGCAUUAGAAGAAUAGUGACAUUGAUGUCCGACUCGGACUCGGACUCCGAACCUGGAUCCGGCCCCUCAGUCGAAGAGUCUCUGCCAUUACAUUCAACGACCAACACUUCAGAGAGAGUGCAAGCCGCCGUGCUACAAUCGGACUCUGAACCCGUAUCGGAACCCCAAUCAAUCCCCUCACUUCAGAAGCGUCUUCCAUUUUAUCCACCACGCGCUCCAAUCCCAAACGACCAUCUGCAAUACUUCCGGAGCAACGACAUUCCCCGAUAUCUCUUCCGUGUAUACACACCAAAGUCAUGCGGCGAGACCACUACCUCGCACGUUCGCCCACUGUCUACAACGGCCCCAGGGCACCCGGAACCCCAGUGUCUAGAUAUUUUCGCUUCGUUCCAUCCUGACAUUGCACAUCGCUAUCCCGACCGGAUUACCAAUCCGUCAGUUGCUGCUAAGCUUCUGAGAAGACAUUUCAACUUCGCCUGUUGGCCAAACGCUAGCUCAGAUUGCCCGUUUGUCAGUUGGAGCAGCUCGCUGCUUUUUUCCCUGCAUUAUGCGCUUUGCAGAAGCGCAUAUUUUGACCAUCGUCGCGACUCCAAUGGCAAAGUAGCUCCUGGAGUUAGGACCAAUUGGAAAGAUGUAAAAGUCCUCUUGCUCGACACCACCAAGUUGCCUCGACGCACGUUCAUUUCCGAAGUAGAACUUCUGAAGUUCUUUGCUUCUUACGGACCCGACAAACGCCAGUCGGAAGAAGAACCGUGGACCUUGAAGGAGUUGCUCAACCUACGGCUUGAUUGCCACAAGAAAGGCUUUUAUUACGGGGAGUACCUCUCGCAAGGUGACCUGAAUAUAGCAGGUGCCUGCGUGCAGACGGAUCUUGAGUCACUAAAAGACCGUGGCUUAUUCCGCUUGGUCCCAGUGCUCGGUGAGCAAUGGCGAUGGGGGAAGAAUCUCGUCCGCGGUGGAGGUAUAAUUUCACUUCGCGGGAAGCUUCACAGCUCGGAUAACCCUGCUUCAACGGAAGAAGUUCUCCAGGCCAUCCACCUUGGCGAACUGUUUCAUUCACGUCACUUGGACCUCACAGUACCUGCGGCUGCUAUGUUUCUUGCCCUCAAACAAAGAAUUCGGCAAGACCCCGUCAUUCUCGGCGUCUUCAAGGAAAAGUUUCGCGCUGAUAUCAUCGAUGUCUACCAGCUAGUAGAGACCAACGUUCCCACCGAGCUGAUGCUCCCGGAGGUCACGCAGUUCAGGAUUCUCAUCCAAGACAUCCAAGAACAUUUUGACUAUUUGGAAUAUGUGGAUGGAAUGUUUUCUGAUGAUGACACGGAGCACGACGAGCCCACCGAUCUAAUCGUGGACGCAAUGGCGCAUUUGGACCUGCCCUCGGAGUAA